CAUUUCAAAGAGCCCCAAAAUUCAAAUCUCCCAUCUUCCCUCUCUCUCUCUCUCUCUUCUCUGGUGAGCAGCAGCAAGCAGCAGCAGCAGCAAUGGAGGAGGCGUCGCUCUCUCUGAAGCUCCACAUCACCAAAGGCCCUCGCGAGGGAGAAACCCUAGAAUACCCCCCGGGAUCUACGGUCCGGAUCGGCCGCGUCGUCCGCGGCAACAACCUCCCCGUCAAGGACGCCGGCAUCUCCUCCAAGCACCUCUCCAUCGAGUCCCGGCCACCCCCCGGCGGCGGCGGCGGCGGCGGCGGCGGCUGGUUCCUCACCGACCUCGGGUCCUCCAACGGCACCGUCGUGAACGAGUCCGCCAGGCUCGCUCCCCACGAGCCCCGCGCGCUCCGCGACGGCGACUCGAUCAAAAUCGGUGAGUACACUGCCUUUCUCGUGAGGAUAGAGGGCUGCGGCGGGGCCGCCGAGUCGAGGUUGCGUAGGAACCCUAGGCGGAGAGCCAACGAGAGGAAUUCGGAGAAGAAGGCGGCCGGAGCGGCCGUGGAGGGCCGGGCGGGUAGUGUUAGGGUUCCGAAGGGGAGGGGUGGGAAGACUCGAUUGCCAGAAGCUGGGGGUGGUGCGGCAGCUCCGCCUGUGAAGAGUGAAUUGGUGGAGGCAAGUGCAGUGCGAGGGUUUGAGAGCGAGGCGUGUAUUGUGGAGUUGCGAGAUGCGGCUACGGCGAGGGGGAAUUCGGGGAUCUCGCGAGUGAGUCCGAGGAGGACUAGGAGGAGAAAGAAGGAAGUGGAGAUUGUGGCUGCUGGUGCCGUAGCUGAGAAGGGUCUGGAGGAUGUGGGGUUGGAAUGCAGAGAAACGGAAAAGGAUGAAGGUAAAGAGAGGAAGGCGAGACCGAGAAGGACGAGGCAAGCAAAGGGAAGGAAUCAAAUUGGUGAUUCAGAGAGGUUGGAUCCCGCGGAAGAGGCACAAGAUGAUGUCGUGGGAAAUGAAGAUGAUAUAGGUCUGCUCAAUACAGAGUUGGUCCAUGGAAAUGAUGAAAGGGAAGUGUUUGUGGGUCGGAGUAGGGACAUUGAAGAGGUGGAUAAGGGCGAAGUUUUGGGGGAGAGUAGGAUGUCGGCCCCGGCAGAUCAAGUUUCUGGUGAGGACGGUCGAGGUGUAAGGAGUAUAAAGGUGGAGAUUGAAGAUGACGGUGGUCUUGAGGCUGGGGCUGGUAACGAGGUAAGAAGUGGGAUCGGCUUUGGUUUGAAGGAGACUACGGGGAAGAGCGGCCAGUUCCCAGAUUUCUCAAAGAUGAGUCUCAGGGAAUGGUUUGAUUAUAUGGAGGUUUAUUUGCCGAAGCAGAUAACUGAUGAGACAGAGAAGCUGAUUGCGGAGAUGAGGACGAAAGCUCAACGCGUAAGGGAGUAUGUUGCUGAGCAGAAGAAGCAGAAGGGAAAAGCCGUUUUAUAGACAGUGGAACAUUCAAAGUAGUAUGCCAAAUAACAAUCCGGUUGGUCCGUUCAUUUGAGCUGAAGAUUACUCGGGAAACUGGUGAAUUGUGCAUGCUAAGCUAACCGGAGACUGCAGGUGGAUUAGCUGGGGAACUCUAAUGCCGGUUUCGCAGGAUGAGAUAGCAGCAAACUGUAAGACUUGCAAAACGUCUCCAAGGACCAAAGCUGUAUCUGAUAAGUGUGACGUGCAUCGAUGACGGGGCAACUUUAGCGGGAGUAGACAAGAUGAGAUGCAAGGAGAAGGAGAGAGGAGGAAAGAGAACAUACAUGGCCGUUCUCAGCAUUGCUCCAAUUUUCUCGGAUGUCUCUGAAGAGACGAAAUUUAUGGUUCUUCUGAUAAAAUUAAAAGCGGUUAAGAGGAGGCAUUGUGCCUGGUUAGGCACGACAGAAGCUUAGAAAAUACAAGUACGAAUUGUUGUAGUCUCUAUAUUUGAUAAGCAGCUGAAGAGAGAAGAGAAUAUAUCAAUGUUGGAAUACAUUCGUACCUUGCAUCCAA